AUGACUGACUCCGCACCCUCCGGUGCCUCGUCAUCACCUCUGAGGCUGCUGGCAGGCUGUACCGUUCCUCGUGCCGAAGUCGCUGCCUGCCUGGCGGUCGCGAACGCCCUGAAGGUUCCCGUUGUGUUGUCUUCCAAAGACGCGGCUGAGUCCAAGGCACGGCCUUCCCAGGCGAGCCUCGCUCCCACGCCUCACGCGCCUGCCUCGGACCCAACUGUCGACGAGGACAAGAAGGACGCGUGCGUCCUCGUCACGCCCGACGGCUCUGUCGUGUCGGCGUAUGCCGUUUGCCUGUACUUCCUUUCUGUCGCACGGAAGAGACGGAGACAGGCUGAGAAGGCGGCUCCACAACAGGAAAAGAGACAGGAGGGCGAGGCAGCGCCUGCGCGAGACGCAGAACGCGACGCGUGGCAGGCUGAAGACGCGCUGGCCUGGGCUGCCUUCAAACUCCGCGGCGCCCUACGGGGAGUCAGGAAAGACCGUCUCCUUCAACAGUUGAAUAGCCUGGAAGAACGUUUGUCUGGCGAUCCACAGACCUCGCCCGCGGCGUUUCCGUCGGUAUCUUCUCUGCUCGCUGCGUCGCCGUCGCUUUUUGUUGCUCCGGCGAUGUUUAUGUUUUGUCUUUUGCGCUACGCGCACCCGACGAGCUCCUUCGCGGACUGGCCGUCACUCGCAAAGUUUCUCCAGGCUCUCGGCUCCUCGCCAGCAGUCGCCGCAACUCUGCAUGCAGUUCCGCUGCCGUCGCGCGCGUGCGGCGCGCGCGCCUUGACGCGCGCGCUCCUCUCUUCCUCUGCUUCGCCUCAGACCGAGAAGACGCGCGAGAGGUUCUACAUCACCACGGCGAUCAACUACACGAACGGACCCCCGCACAUGGGCCACGUGUACGAGGCAGUGACGUCGGACGUCGUCGCGCGAUUCCAUCGGAUCGCAGGCAAGGAAGUCUUCUUCUUGACGGGGACUGACGAGCACGGCCAGAAGAUCGCCAACACGGCGGAGCGCGUGGGGAAGACUCCGCAGGAGAUUUGCGACUUCUUCGCCGCAGGCUUCCAGGAGAUGAACAAGAAGCUGCACAUCUCGAACGACCAGUACAUCAGGACGACGCAGGCUGACCACAAGGCCGUCUGUCAGUGGCUCUGGAAGCGCGUGCAAGAGAAGGGAGACAUUUACUUGGACACCUACGUGGGCUGGUACAACGAGAGGGAGGAGACGUUUGUGAGCGAGAUCGAGGCGCGACUCACAGACUACAAAGACCCGACAUCGGGGAAACCCCUGCAGAAGAUGGAGGAGGCUUCGUACUUCUUCCGGAUGAGCAAGUACCAGGAGCGACUCCUCAAGCACAUCCACGACAACCCCGAUUUCAUUCGGCCCGAAGAGCGAAGAAAAAACAUCCUCAAACGACUCGAGGAACCGCUGCUCGACCUCUCUUGCAGCCGAACCACAUUCACCUGGGGUGUCCCCGUCCCGGGUGACGAAAAGCACGUCAUGUAUGUGUGGUUCGAUGCGCUAACCAACUACUACUCAGCGACGGCGAUGAACGACGGCGCGCGUUCGGCGUUCUGGCCAGCAAAUGUGCACAUAAUCGGGAAGGACAUCAUUUGGUUUCACACGGUGAUCUGGCCAUGCAUGCUGAUGGCGGCGGAACUUCCGCUGCCAAAGUGCGUCUUUGGGCACGGCUUCGUGACGGCGGCGGACGGCGAGAAGAUGUCGAAGAGUCUGGGGAACGUCGUGGAUCCGAACGACAUUCUGAAGGAGCACGACGCCGACAGUUUCCGCUUCUACUUGGUUCGCGAAACCAAGUACGGGAACGAUCUUCGCUUCGACGAGGACGCGUUGACAGCGACGACGAAUGCAGAGCUCGCCGACACGCUGGGGAACCUCGUGCACCGGGCGACCUCGCUGUGUGUGAAGUUUUGUGGCGGGCGAGUUCCUGCCGUGCCGCUCCCGGCCGGGGGGAAAGCGCCGUUCUCGAUCGCCGACACCGUGGGCGAAAUGGAGCGUCUGGUGGAGCAGUUUGCUUUGCGCGAGGCGCUGGAGGCGGCGAUGAAUGCAUGCAGAGAGGCGAACAAGUUCGUCACGGACUGGGCUCCGUGGAGUCUCCCGGACCCCGUCGAGAAGCAGCGCGUGGUCCGCGGCGCCCUCGAGGCGGUCUUUGUUUUGGCGCACCUUCUCGAGCCGUUCAUUCCCGUCACCUCUGCCCACAUCUUCAAGAAACUGAACACGCAGCCGAGAAUCCUCGCUGACAUCAGUCCCUGGUUCGAUAACCUCACCCCGGGGACCGCCGUCGACGUCGGGGACAUCCUUUUCGCGAAGAAAAAAGUUGAGAAGGCUGCUGAAAUCUUCUUGCAGAAAUGCGAGCUCCGCGUUGGGCACAUCAUCAGCGCCGCGCCGCACCCCCACUGCCUGAAAGAUCCGAAAAUGCCGCCGUUCCUCGUUCUCUCCGUCGCCUUCUCGCCAACCGCGAAGCCCGAGGAGGCCCGCGACUCGGGAGCAGCGCGAACGGCUGUCGUCCUCCUGUCGCAGAGCGCGAAGGACGGUCCCGAGAAACUCGUGGGAAAGAGCGUGAUUGUACUUGUGAACGUCAAGCCGUUCACGGUGAAGGGGGUUUUGAGUCAAGUCCUGGUUCUCGCCGCCAAGCCGAGCGACGGCGCUGCCGAGGCCUCGCUCUUGACGGUGGCGACGGACUCCAAGGCCCCGAGCGAAGCUGCGCUCACAGGCUUCCUCGUGCAAGCGCCAGGUUUCCCUCCAGCGCUGCGCGCGCGCGAAAACUUGAAAAACACGGAAAUGAAGGCUGCGGCGUUUUGCGUGAGCAGAGCGCACCCGCACGCCGUCGCCCUCGCCGAUGUCGGUCCUCUCCAGGUCGUCGAUGCGGCCACCGGACGAGUUCGCGAAGGCGUCAGCGUCGUGGUGGAGUCCGAGGCUGCAAGUGGUCCCCUCGCGCUCGCCCUUUGA